AUGGAUUUUUUGUCAGGCAAGAUAUUGCUAGAAAAAAAUGCUUAUGAGCGUAUGAUUCCUUCUUCAAUGACCAAAAUAAUGACCUCGUAUCUAAUUGAAGAAAAAAUUCAAAAAGGAGAGGUAGCAUUUGAUACUCAAUUUGAGGUUAGUGAAAAAGCAUGGAGGAUGGGAGGAUCAAAAACUUUUAUGCCCCUUGGUGAAUUGGUCAAUUUAAAAGAUAUUUUAUAUGGUAUAAUUAUUCAAUCAGGCAAUGAUGCCUGUAUUGUAGCGGCUGAAGGUUUAGCAGGAAGUGAAGAGAAUUUUGUAGAUAUUAUGAAUAAAAAGGCAGCAGAAGUUGGAAUGAGAUCUACCCAUUUUAUGAAUGCUAGCGGAUGGCCUGAGGAAAACCACUAUAGUACAGUAUAUGAUAUAGCUUUAUUGGGACAACUUUUAAUUAAGAACCAUUCAGAAUUCUACCCUAUUUAUAGUGAGAAAUAUUUUACUUUUGGCAAAGCUCAGCAAGGGGUUGCAAUUACUCAAGGAAAUCGCAACCCCUUAUUAUACAAAGAUUUAGGAUGUGAUGGGAUAAAAACCGGUCAUACCGAUAAGGGAGGAUUUGGCUUGGCUGCUUCUUUUGUAGAUGAUGCUCGGCGUUAUAUUAUGGUGAUUAAUGGCCUUAGUUCUAUGCAAAAAAGAGCAGAAGAAUCUUUAGCGCUUUUGCAUUGGGUAAAGCAAAAUUUUACCACUAAGAAAAUUUAUAAUAAAGGGGCGGAAAUUGGAGAAGCCGAGGUUUGGCUAGGAGUGGAGGACAAAGUAAAAUUAAUAGUAGUUGACGAUGUGUCAGCCCUUGUAACUCGCUUAGGACCAAAUAAAAUAGAAAGUAAAAUGAAUUUUACCUCUCCUAUUCCUGCACCAAUAAAAGCGGGGGAGGUGAUAGGAAAAUUAAUAGUAGUUAUUAAUGAUGAUACACAAGAAAUAGCUUUGCUUGCUAAAGAUUCAGUUGAAAAAGUUGGGUUUUUAAAGCAAAUAUGGUAUUAUCUCAAGGUAGCUAUUAAUAAAGCCCUAAAUACAAUUAAAACUGAUUUAUUGAAUGACGGAAUGACUAUCAUGGCUGGCGGAUUUGGUCUAUGCGGGAUACCAGAAAACUUAAUUAAUGCUAUUUUGCUAUCAAAAGUAAAAAAUCUGACUGUAAUCAGUAAUAACUGUGGAGAAAACAAAAAUUUUGAACAACAAUAUAUUGAUGGUUCUUUAGAAGUUGAAUUAAAUCCCCAAGGAACAUUAGCCGAAAGAAUUAGAGCAGGAGGCUCAGGUAUUCCUGCCUUUUAUACUCGGACAGGCGUAGGGACUAUAGUAGAAAAUGGCAAAGAAGUACGAGAAUUUAAUGGCAAAAAAUAUUUGAUGGAAACUGCUCUUUAUGCAGAUUUAGCAAUUGUAAAAGGCUGGAAAGCAGACCAAAGUGGGAAUGUUAUCUAUAAUAAAACUGCGCGUAAUUUUAAUCCAAUAAUGGCCAGUGCUGCUAAGGUUACAUGGCGAGCACGCGCAACAAUGAAUAAAAUAUAUUCUUCAUCUACACUAGCUUUAGCUGAUUUAUUGAAUGACGGAAUGACUAUCAUGGCUGGCGGAUUUGGUCUAUGCGGGAUACCAGAAAACUUAAUUAAUGCUAUUUUGCUAUCAAAAGUAAAAAAUCUGACUGUAAUCAGUAAUAACUGUGGAGAAAACAAAAAUUUUGAACAACAAUAUAUUGAUGGUUCUUUAGAAGUUGAAUUAAAUCCCCAAGGAACAUUAGCCGAAAGAAUUAGAGCAGGAGGCUCAGGUAUUCCUGCCUUUUAUACUCGGACAGGCGUAGGGACUAUAGUAGAAAAUGGCAAAGAAGUACGAGAAUUUAAUGGCAAAAAAUAUUUGAUGGAAACUGCUCUUUAUGCAGAUUUAGCAAUUGUAAAAGGCUGGAAAGCAGACCAAAGUGGGAAUGUUAUCUAUAAUAAAACUGCGCGUAAUUUUAAUCCAAUAAUGGCCAGUGCUGCUAAGGUUACAGUAUGUGAAGUAGAAGAACUAGUCGCAACUGGCACUCUUGACCCUAAUAAUAUUCACACUCCUAAUAUAUUUAUCAAUAGAUUAGUAUUAGGAGAAAAAUAUGAAAAACGUAUAGAACAGGAAGUUAAAUUAAAUAUGGCUUGGUCGAAAGAACAAAUGUGUCAAAUAGCCGCCCAAAUGGAACUUAAACGCGGUCUAUAUGUGAACCUAGGAAUCGGGAUCCCUACAAAUGUGGCAAAUUAUAUUACGCCAGAUAUGAAUAUUAUCUUACAGAGUGAAAAUGGUAUGCUUGGUAUGGGGCCUUUUCCUUGGGAAGGAGAAGAAGAUGCAGACCUAAUCAAUGCAGGCAAAGAAACUAUUACCGCAAUUCCCGAAAGUAGCUACUUUGAUAGCGCUACAUCGUUUGGUAUGAUUAGAGGGUCGCAUAUAGAUCUCACUAUUCUAGGGGCUAUGCAAGUAGCGCAAAAUGGUGACCUGGCUAAUUGGACCGUGCCUGGUAAAAUAGUUAAGGGGAUGGGAGGUGCUAUGGAUCUGGUAGCAAAUGUUAAACGCGUGGUAGUAAUAAUGGAACAUACUGCAAAGAACGGUAGUGCAAAGUUAUUAAAACGAUGUACUCUACCAUUAACAGAUUAUCCUUUAACAGAGGAAGAAAGAAAACUUCAGGAAAUGGGUUCCUUAGCUGGCGGAGAAGGAUUAACUUUUAGACCUAGUAAAAUAAAAAAUAACUCAACUAAGUCUAAGGAUUAUCAAAUUAAUAAAUAUUUAUGGCAAGCAUCAGUAGAAGUAUUGAAUUUUAUUCCUAUGGCUUCUGCUGAUUUAAAUGGCGGCCUCAUUAUUACUGAAUGGUACAGCCCUAAGGAAAAUAAAGAUUUUAGAUUUAAAAUAAAUAUUAUUAUUAAAAAUAAUAUAAUUAGCCCUGAUUCAAUUGAGGUUAGGGUAUUUGAACAAACAUUUAAAAAAGGGGAUUGUAAUGCGCGCUUUAUGAAAGCUCAAGGUUAUAAUGUGGUCCACCCUAUGGGCUGGGAUGCUUUUGGAUUACCCGCGGAAAAUGCCGCUAUUAAUAAUAAUUCUCACCCUAAAGAAUGGACCUAUAACAAUAUUGAUACUAUGAGAAAUCAAUUACAAUCAAUUGGUUUUUCCUAUGACUGGUCCCGGGAGGUCACUACUUGUGACCCCGGAUAUUAUCAACAUGAACAAAAAUUCUUUUUAGAAUUGUAUGCAAGAGGCUUAACCUAUCAAAAAGAAUCCUUAGUUAAUUGGGAUCCUGUAGAUCAAACUGUUCUAGCUAAUGAGCAAGUAAUUGAUGGACGCGGAUGGCGUUCUGGUGCUUUAAUUGAAAAACGGUAUUUAAAACAAUGGUUUCUAAAAAUUACUAACUACGCUGAAGAAUUAUUAAAUGAAAUUCCAAAACUGAUCCAUUGGCCUGAUUCUGUUAAAACUAUGCAAGAAAAGUGGAUAGGUAAAUCUGAGGGUAGCAACUUUAAUUGGGUCAUCAAAGGUAGUAGCCAUGUUAUUGAAGUAUUUUCAACAAGGCCAGAAACAGUAUUUGGGGCCAGUUUUAUAGCCAUAGCUUAUAACCACCCUAUAAUUGAUCAAUUAGUAGAUAAAAAUGAUAAGAUUCUCUCUUUCAUCCAACACUGUACUAAUUUACAUACUAGUUUAGCAGUAGAAAAAGCUGAAAAAGAGGGGGUUUUUACUAAUCUCUCUGUUAUUCAUCCCUUUGACCCCAGUAUCACACUACCUGUUAUUAUCACCAAUUUUGUCCUUAUGGAUUAUGGGACAGGCGCUAUUUUUGGUUGUCCUGCCCAUGAUGAAAGAGAUUAUGAAUUAGCUAUUAAACUGCAAUUACCAAUCACAACAGUAGUACUUCCUAAUGACAUUCAUUUAAGAAUAGGCCUGAAUAAGUGUAAUCCUUCUUUUUUACCUUAUACCGGUGAUGGCACAAUAAUUAAUUCAGAUUUUCUGAAUAAUCUAGAUCUGCGCGAGGCUAGAACAAAAGUAAUCAAAGAAUUUGAAGAUCGUGGCAUAGGCAAGCGUAUUACUAAUUAUCGAUUGAAAGAUUGGGGGGUCUCAAGACAAAGAUUUAUUCCAAUAAUAUAUUGCUUAAUUUGUGGUAUUGUGCCUGUAUCAGCAGCUCAUUUACCAGUCACUCUACCAGAGGAUAUUAAAUUUGGUGGUCAGGGUAAUCCUCUUGAUCUACACCCUACUUGGAAACAUACUACUUGUCCUAAAUGUCAAAAAGCAGCUACCCGGGAAACUGACACAUUUGAUACUUUUUUUGAAUCUUCCUGGUAUUUUACCCGCUAUUGUGACAAUUCUGCUCAUAACAUAACUAAUAAAAAUUCUUGUGAUUAUUGGUUACCCGUAGAUCAAUAUAUUGGAGGGGUUGAGCAUGCAGUAAUGCAUCUUCUAUAUGCAAGGUUCUUUACUAAAAUCAUGCAGGAACAAGGGUAUCUUAGUGUACGUGAACCAUUUACUCGUUUAUUAACUCAAGAUAAGUUGGUUAAUAAAAAAACCGGCCAGAAAGUAUUUCAAGGCCGCGUAGAAAAAAUGAGUAAAUCUAAAAAGAAUGUAGUAGAUUUAGAAACAAUAUUAGCAAACCACUCUGCCGACUCGGUCAGAUUAUUUGUCUUAUCAGAUAGUCCUCCCGAAAAGGAUUUUGAAUGGUCUGCUACUGGGCUUGAAGGGUGCACACGCUUUUUGAAUAAACUUGCUGCUAUGGCAGAAAUGCUACUUCAUCAGGAGAGUCACUCGAGUUUUUUACCAGAAAUUAAGCCAAGUAAAUUACUAAAGCUUACUCACGCUACUGUCAAAUAUGUGACUGAGGAAAUUAAGCAGUUUAAAUUAAACAAAGCUAUCGCAAGACUACGCGAAUUAUUUAAUGCGUUAUCAGAGGAAUUCUCUAAAGAAGAAAAAGCAGAUAUUAACAGUGUUAAAGAAGGGUUUGUUAUCUUAAUUCGACUAUUCAAUCCAUUUAUUCCGCAUAUCACUGAGGAAAUUUGGCAACAAUUAGGUAAUAGAGAAAGAUUAUAUCAAACAGCUUGGCCAUCAUUUAACGAGAUAUUUCUAGAAGAAGAAUCUUAUACAAUGGCUAUCCAAAUCAAUGGUAAAUUAAGGGCUACUCAUGAAUUCCAUAAUUUAACUACUGAAGAAGAAAUUAAGAAUAUUACAUUCCAGCUAGAGGGAUUAAAAAAAUAUCUAGAUAAUAGCGAACCAAAGAAUAUCAUUAUCAUUCCCAGAAAAAUAGUAAAUAUAGUAGUUUAA